AUGCGGGGUCACUAAGCACAAGUGUCACAUGAGCAAGGGAGAAACUCGAAGGCGAAGAGAUCGGAGAGAAUGGAUUAAUUCCCUCGACAUAAUUCCCUGAGUACCCAAAAAAUGGCUUACUUAGUAAGCAGUAACUAUUCCUAUUAUGGCAUAGUGUAUAGCUCAGUGCUAUUCCUCCUUGUGGCUGUAGGCCUGUACUAUAAUAUUUCUGGAUUAGGGACUCGCUUUGACUUUGGAUGGUUUCUUUCCGAGUCUUCCCCCUAUAUGUGGGCAUGUCUUGGGAUUGCCAUCGCUAUUGCUUUGUCAGUAGUGGGAGCGGCUUGGGGUAUACUGCUAACUGGGGCUAGCAUUUGUGGUGGUGGUGUGAAAGCACCUCGGAUUAAGGCAAAGAACCUUGUCAGCAUUAUCUUCUGUGAAGCAGUAGCCAUCUAUGGAAUCAUCAUGUCUAUUGUUUUGAGCAACUCAGUCACGGUAUCACCUUUGGAGGCAUUUGAAAAACCAGGAAAUCUCAUGCAGCUGUACACUGCUGGGUACAAAAUAUUUGGAGCAGGGAUGACAGUGGGCUUCUGUAACUUGGCCUGUGGAAUCUGUGUUGGACUAGUCGGAAGUGGAGCUGCACUUGCUGAUGCUCAAAAUGGUGCCCUCUUUGUCAAGAUCCUUAUAGUAGAAAUUUUUGGAAGUGCUAUCGGAUUGUUUGGAGUCAUUAUUGCUAUUAUUCAGGCAAGCGAUGCAAGCAUGGAAAUCAAGUAGAUUCCUGAUAUUAUAACAAGAGUAUGUUCUCACAGUUAAAAGCUGUAAUCCAUCAUAAAAUAAUGAUUUUUUGCGCAUUGUGAUGUGGUGGGUGCUACCCUGGCCACAAGUUAGCUGAUCUGGAUGUGAGAUUGACAGUUUUUAAACAAAUUAUCAAUUUAUACAUUCCAACCAUAUUGAAGUGCACCGGAGCAUUUUCUUCUGAUUGUUCAUUUUCUAUCAGUCAAUGAUUCUUUUCUUGGGGGACUCCAUAAAAGCAGAUGGUGAUGAUCGUAAUCUUUUACGGUAAAAAAUUCUACUAACUCCUAUCCCUAAAAGGGGGGGGGUUCUGCUCCUGCUAUCCCUAACGGGAUCUCACGCUAGCGGAUCCUCACGUGCCCAUUACAACUGGUCAUGAACAUAAUCAGACCAACUGGUCAUAAAUAUAAUCAGAAAAACUGAAAUUGUGUUUGUAGAGCAUAUAUUUAGAAAUUGCUUCAACCACACCUAAUGCGUUAUCUUUUAUGUAAGAAUUGCUGUUGACAGACUGAAAGUGCUAUCCCUUAGGAUGAUUUUGGUCCACGUGGUCCACCCCUAGAAAUUUUUUUUUCAACACCCAUCCUUUAUUUUGACUUAGCAUGCAUAUCCUAGUAACAAGAAACCAAUUGUUCUGAAAUCAUCUUCAUGGCUGUUGCUCAUGCGAAGUAAAUGCACGUAUUAAGAGAUUCAACUGAAUAGGUUUAACACUAGGAUCUGGAGUGGCCUGUACUCCGUUUGCUAUAGAGCUCUCAAUCAAAGUCCAUUAGUAAGCAUCUGUUUCUAUCGCCUUACAUCUCGCAAUAUAUUUCAGAUUACAGUAUACUAUUCUAUUAUUCAAAUGUAAACAAUAAAAAGGAAGGGGCCAAUUGUCAUUCUUUAA